UCUGGUGAAAAAUCACAACCUUCAUUCCUCCAGUUCAAGUACUAUCAGUCAUUCUUUGAUGUUGACACUAAACAGGUUUUGGCUCGUAUCAUUGGCUCCAUGUACCCUAACAUAAGAAGCAACUAUCUUCAAACACAGAUUCGACCUAAGCCAGAUUAUUAUGGACCGUUCUGGAUAUGUACCACAUUAAUUUUAAGCAUCGCAAUUUCGGGGAAUAUGGCCAAUUAUUUUGCCUCUCACAAUUCGUCUAAAGAUUUUAAAUGGCAGUAUGAUUUUCAUAAAGUAACAAUGGCGACAUUUGUAAUUUACACGUACUGGCUCAUCAUGCCAUCCCUGAUUUACGGAUUUCUUCGUUGGCAUGGCAAUCAGGGAAAUUAUUUCUUCUCAGAGCUGGUCUGCCUCUAUGGUUAUUCUCUCUUUAUCUACAUACCGGUGUCUGUUCUUUGGCUUAUACCCUUAAUUUGGUUGCAAUGGACAUUAGUGUUGGUAGGGAUGUGCUUGUCCGGGGUUGUUCUGGCUCUUAACGUCUGGCCGUCAGUUCGAGAGGAAAAGAAAAAAGUCUCAUUAUCAUUGUUGGCUUGUAUUCUUUUGAUGCAUGGCUUACUAGCUGUUGGAUUUAUGGUUAUAAAUUUAACAUUUUUUACGAUUUAUUAUGACCAUAGUUAUUGUUUUGUUUUGGUUUUUUCAAAUAUGUUUUACUGUAUUUUAUUAUCUUUUAUUUAUUAUCAUGAAAAAUGA